GGGUGCCUUGUUGUAGUUUGUUUCAGUUGUUCUGCUGGUGAUUUUUUACGUUUUAGAUGAAUACAGGGUAUCAUAAACAGCGUUCAAGUGCCCGUUCCCUUUCUAAAAUGGGGAAGUGGGGUAAGUACAAGAAGAAGUACAAUACAAAAUGGGAAGACCAGCCGGGCAUCAAAGACUGGAUUGCCCGCGUACCGAAUGAUGACACUAAAGUUAUGUGCCGUUAUUGUCACUGCCGCCUACGGGCCCACAACCAUGACUUACAACGGCACGCCAAGACCUCAAAACACAGGUCGUGUGCCGGUCCAAAGGCAAGCAUGGCAAAUGCUCCGACGUUCGAGCAGCACUCGGUGAGUGGUCCAAGCACGUACAGUGGAAUGUCAAGCUUCAACAUCCCAAGUGUUCUACACCCAACUGCCGUGCAGGAAGCUGUGAAACGGUGGCUUUUAGAAGACACACCAAGUUUCGACUACGCUGGGUUUGUUGUUGGAGACCUUGAAGAGACGGCCGUGAUCAUUUGCAAGAGCCCUGGAGUUCUAGCUGGUGUACCGUUUGUUGAAGCAGUCUUUCAUGAACUUGAUUGCUGGGUGCAGUGGAAGUACCGGGAGGGGGCGGAGCUAUAUGAUACCCCCUGUGAAGUGGCCACCGUUUCGGGCCGAGCCCGACGUAUUCUUCUUGGAGAGAGAAUAGCGUUGAAUAUUCUUGCACGUGCAAGUGGGGUCGCCAACAAAGCUCGCCAGUUUGCGCAAAUGGCUACUGACCACCAUUGGCAUGGGGAGAUUGCCGGGUCGCGCAAGACAACCCCUGGAUUCCGAAUGGUGGAAAAAUAUGCAUUGAUGGUUGGCGGAGUGUCAACGCAUCGUUAUGAUCUGUCCAGUAUGAUCAUGUUGAAAGAUAACCAUAUCUGGACAGCUGGAAGUAUAACAAAGGCUGUUAAUGAUGCUAGACGUGUGGGUGGCUUCAGUACUAAGAUCGAGGUAGAGUGCCGUAGUGUUCCUGAAGCCACAGAAGCAGCCCUGGCCGGAGCUGAGAUCGUUAUGCUUGACAACUUUGACGCACAGGCUGCCAAGGAAGCUGCAUCCAAUCUGAAAGACUUGUUUCCACAGCUGAUCAUCGAGGUCAGCGGAGGGGUCACUGAACAUAAUAUUGCUCAGCUCUUCAGCCCGUUCAUCAAUGUCAUCUCAUCCAGCACACUCACUCAGGGAUACCCUGUUGUGGAUUACUCCCUCAAGAUCCUGAAGGAAGGUCAUGACCCACGCAAUCCAACAGUCACCUCCAUACAACGUCUCUCUAUGGAAUCUAUGGACCCAACUCACACUCUCAACCACAGCGUCACCGAUGCCGUCUCCGUCAUGAAUAUUCUGAGCAGGGAAGCCAGUGCAUCCAGGGAUGGUAACCAGAGCCUGGUCCAGGGUGACCGAGGCCAAGACUUAGAGACAACAACAGUAACGAUUAUCACAACAACCGAGGAUAAUGUACUGGACGGUGGUGAGCAAGGCCACAAUUAAAAUGGUUGCUAUUGUCUUUUGUUAAAACUACAAAACAGCCAUGUUUUGAUAGAUAAAACAAGGAAGGUUUAGUCGACAUGAUGCAUUGAAGGGGACAAGCCAAGUAAAUAUUAAGUUCUUGAUCAAUAGGGACCUUGGGUAGAUGCUCCUCAGUCACUGACUCCACCUUUUGUUAUUGGUUUCAUUCUCCUGUUAUUUCUUGUAACAUGGGCCCAAUUUCAUAGAGCUGCUAAGCACAAAAAUUUGCUUAGCAUGAAAUUUCUGCCUCGAUAA